AGAAUCUAUUAUGAGAGGCCCCCAUAAGCCGUCUUUGCUUACACGUGAUGGCCAGUGAUAAGCUGCUUCCCUUCCCGGGAUCCACCGACAAUCAUUAGAUCUGCAAUUCUGCUCUUUAGCCUUAAAUCUCAUCUUUCUCUCCUACACACAACACAUUCCCUUGCAGGUUCAGCAGAGUAAAGAUGGGCGCCGUCUCUCUGAAAACUGGAAAUGGAAGCGCAAGGUUUAAAAGGGCUUCGUUCUGCUCCUCUGCAAUAAACGUGUUUAUGCUAUUCUCAGUAGUCACCACAAACAUCUUUGCUCUCUUUGCCUUCACUUACUCCCCCAAGAUCCACGACGCCCACGAGAACAUCUUCGUCGUCUCUGAACAGGUCUCUUUGAUCCUCGGUGAGAUUGAGUCUUCCCAAAAGAAGCUUACCCAGAUUGAGAAAGAGCUCCUAGGCUAUGAAAGCAUCGAUCUUUCCAGGCCAAAUGUUGCAGAUGAGCUGAAAACCUUCCUACUUCAUCACCAGCUUCCUCUGGGCAAAGAUUCAAGAACUGGGAUUACUGAAAUGGUGGCUUCCAUUGGCCAUUCUUGCCAGAAAUCUCUGGAUUUGCUGUCUCAGUUCAUGCAAUACAAGGUCAAUGGGCAUUGCCCCGAUGAUUGGAGCCUUGCCCAGAAGCUAAUUCUCAGUGGCUGUGAGCCAUUGCCAAGAAGAAGAUGCCUUGCCAAGCUUAUCCCCAAGAUAGGUCUCCAACCUUUUCCUGAUUCUCUGUGGAAGAACACCAGUGAAAAGACUCUAACUUGGAGUGGCCUUCCCUGCAAGAAUCUAGCGUGUUUGAAUACUAAGAAACUGAACAGAGAUUGUGCUGGCUGCUUCGACAUACUCAAAGGAUAUGAAACUCAGAAGUAUGUUAAACCCAGGGGGAAGAACGAUUUCUUGAUUGACGAUGUCUUAGCAAUGGGGGGUAAUGGAGCAAUCAGGAUUGGGUUUGAUAUCGGCGGCGGGUCUGGAACUUUCGCCGCGAGAAUGGCGGAGAAGAAUCUAACGAUCGUCACUGCAACUCUCAACAUCGACGCACCUUUCAACGACUUCAUAGCCGCGAGAGGCCUUUUCCCUCUUUACUUGAGCUUAGACCAGCGAUUCCCCUUCUACGACGCCGUCUUUGAUCUGGUUCACGCCGGCAGCGGCCUGGACGUCGGCGGCCGCCCGGAGAAACUGGAAUUCUUGAUGUUCGACAUUGACCGAAUUCUCCGGGCCGGAGGAUUGCUCUGGCUGGAUAAUUUCUUCUGUUCUAAUGAUGACAAGAAGAAUGCUUUGACACGGUUGAUUGAGAGAUUUGGGUACAAGAAGUUGAAGUGGGUCGUUGGUGAGAAGAUUAACGGUUCCGGAAAGUCCGAGGUUUACCUGUCAGCUGUCCUAAAGAAACCAGUCAGAGCAUGACAACAAACAACCUAGUACUACCUCCGAGAACAUCGGAGAUCACACAUUAUAUGCAAAGUUCCAUUCUUUGUUCAGAAUAUUGUCAAUUUCUUUACACCAUAGUGAUAUAUGCAUCAGUUACUGCAUUUUUA